UUUAGAUAUAUAUAUAUAAAUAUGACAAAUAUCAAAUAAAUUUGAUGGAAUUGUGUAUGUCAUGUCCUGAUGGGUCAAGACAUGCCUCAAAGGGACAUGUCUUGGUCCAUCAUGAGCAUAUUCUUCACUUUUCAAAGUCUUGGUCGUGGCUAUAUCAAGAGGCAGUCCAAGUUUCAGUCAAAGACUUUAUCUAGUCAAGUCUUUGUUUCUAUUUUCAAUGUCUUGUUUUUAGCACAUUCUUCUUUAGAUCUCUACAACUUGUAAUCCUAUAAAUAAGGCCUAAGAGCCACGAAAUAAGAUCAUGAGUUUUCCCUUUUUUAUGAGUUUAUCUCUUUGUUCUUUGUAGAACACUUAUUGUUUUUUGGUGAGGUUAUCUCCGAGUAAACAUUCUCUAUUUCGUUGGACUUGUGCGUCAUAUCAAACCACAUUUAGAAAUCCUUCUUCUGUUAGAUUUGUGCGUCAUAACUGAAAUCUGGUAGUAUCAAAAGACUUUUCACCCCUCUUAUGUUACUAUUCAUUUCACGAGUUCUCCAUUUUGGUGAGUUCAUAUCUCUUUAAUCCGAUUGAAUAAUCCUUCUCUAAUUUAAGGCAUAUCACUGUUAGAUUUAAAUAGCUAAGACCUGAAAACCCGGAUCCGAAAGAAAUCGGCUCGAAUCCAACCCGAAAACCGAACGCGGAGACUUAGUUUUCUUCUUCUUCUCCACUGCUUGCUUAACCAAAAGGUAAAAGGGUAACUGAACCGAACCGAUUUACAAAUUAAUCUCAAAAAACCAAACCGAACCGGCUUGAGGAGAAGAUGGGAAAAAGUGGGAGAAAAGACCACAGGCAAAGCGACACGCAAAGGUUUUUCUUCUUCCUCCUUAACUCCGUUGCUUGCUUAACCAAAACACCCCCAUUCGAAUCUCUCUCUCUCUCUCUCACCAACUCUCUCUCACUUCCAAUUACUCCAUCAACUACUCGAUUCGCUUCUCCGUACGUGAGAACCCUAGUUGCUCUCUCGGGACAUAACAUUAGGAUAGAGUUUGACCAUGGAGCCUCGUUUUGGGAAUAGGUUCCGCCUUGGCCGCAAAAUCGGUAGCGGCUCCUUCGGAGAGAUUUACCUCGGAACUGAUGUUCAGACCAACGAAGAGGUCGCUAUUAAGCUUGAAAGUGUGAAGACUGCGCAUCCGCAACUGUCAUAUGAGUCGAGGAUAUAUAGGGUUGUUCAGGGUGGAACUGGGAUUCCAAACAUUAAGUGGUUUGGUGCUGAGGGUGACUACAAUGUCUUAGUCAUGGAUUUGCUUGGUCCUAGCCUUGAGGAUCUCUUUGGCUAUUGCAGCCGCAAGUUCACUUUGAAGACUGUUCUCAUGCUUGCUGAUCAGAUGAUUAAUCGUCUCGAGUUCAUCCAUUCUAAAUCCUAUCUUCACCGUGAUAUAAAGCCGGAUAAUUUUCUCAUGGGUUUAGGAAGGCGCUCAAAUCAGGUCUAUAUCAUAGACUUUGGCUUGGCUAAGAAAUUUAGAGACAGCUCUACUCAUCGACAUAUCCCAUACAGGGAGAAUAAAAGUCUAAUUGGGACUCCGAGAUAUGCCAGCUUGAACACUCACCUAGGGAUCGAGCAAAGUCGGAGGGAUGAUGUAGAAUCACUUGGUUAUAUUCUAAUGUACUUCCUCAUGGGAAGUCUCCCAUGGCAGGGACUGAAAGCUGGGAACAAGAAACAGAAAUACGACAAGAUUAGUGAAAAGAAGGUUUCUACUUCCAUCGAAACGUUAUGCAGAGGUCAUCCAACAGAGUUCGCAUCCUACUUUCAUUACUGCCGCUCACUUAGGUUUGAUGAUAAGCCUGACUAUGCUUAUCUGAAGAGACUCUUCCGCAACCUUUUCAUCCGUGAAGGUUUCCAGUUUGAUUUUGUGUUUGACUGGACGGUUCUCAAGUAUCAACAAUCACAACCUGGAAACCCUUCACCUCGUGCCAAUGAUGGUGGUGUUGGGACUAGCUCUGGAUUCAACCCUGCAGUCAGCAAUGCUGAGAAACGUCCAGGUAUGUAUCCUUCUCCUAAACAAAUGCAGGCACAUAGUAAUGAAUAUAUACUCAAGGCGUGUUUGUAUUCCAUAGAGUUCCCAAAUCAGAGAACGAAUCUCGAUCUUAACCUGAAGCAGAAGACCAAGAACGUAAACGAAUCUGCAACUGCAAAGGACAAGCUGGUACCUGGAUCGUUCUUGGGUCGAUCAGAAGGAUCAUCAUCAAGAAGAGUUGUGGACUCAAGUAGUCGUGAACCGUUCAGUGGCGGGAGUGACAAUGCAAACUAUGAAUCUGCACUCAAAGGCAUUGAUAGCUUGCGGAUCAAUAGCAAUGCAGGAGAUGAGACUGCAGCGUUGCCACAAUCAAAUGGAGACGAUACUACUCCUCGUGUAGAACCCAAAGCAAAGCUGUCAGACUGAUUCGUAGAUGAAAGCUUUAGAACAUAACCGGUAUUCACUUUUGUUGAUUGCUUCACCCUUCUUGAAGGAGUUUGAAGGUUGUCUAUGAUUCUUCUGAAGAAAGGCUUUAAAGUUAGAGAUUUGAUAUAAGGGAGGGAUAAAAAAUAUUUUUUAUACCACAGUGCUUAAAUAUAUGAUUCAUUUGUCUUCUCCGUUGUAUAGAGAAAAACCUUCGUAUUUUAAGUUCCUUCUAUCUGAUAAUUAUUUCAAAA